AUGGAUUUUGGAAAUAUCGUUAAGCAAGGACAAAAUAUCCUUAGUGAAGGCUAUGUUACUGUUGAUGAUGCUGAAGAUGCGUUCGACAACAUCUCGAAGGGUGGUGACCUCAAAACUGUAGCCAUAAAGACCUAUGCAGAUUAUCAAGAAAACCACAAGAAUAGUGGUAAGAACGACAAGGAAGAUGACAAGAAUAAGUCCACGGAUGAUGCUAGUAGUGGAUUGGGUGGUCUCUUAAAGAAGGGAGCAGACUUGCUUGAAGGUGAAAACAAGACCAAGAAUCAAGAAGACUCUUCUUCAGGUGCCGCUAGUCUCUUACAGAAGGGAGCUGAGCUACUUCUGGGAAGUAAAGUUACCACUGACGAUCUCAAGGACGCUUAUGACAAUUAUUCAAAGGGUGGUGAUCUUAAGACUAUUGCUACCAAGACAUAUGCUGAUUAUCAAUAUAAUCACAAGGAAGGUGAUGAAAAGAAGGAAAAAGACCAAGAUAAGAAGGAAGACAAGGAAGAAGAUAGAAAUGACAGUAGGAAGCAAAGCAAUGACCGUUCCAAUGAAUCCUCAUCUUCUAAAGAGAGAACCUCUUCUAGUGGUGAACGUAAAAACAAUAACAAUUCUUCUCAAUGCAAAGAUCUGAACACUGGCGGAUAUGGACAAUCCAAUACCUAUUCCGAUGAUAGUAACAGUCAAUCCCGUACUGCUCAAAGGGAUGAAAAUACUAGUGGUUAUUCUUCCGGAAGAACUCAAGAAAAUUCUAAGGAAAGAAAAGAUACUUCCUAUGGUAACACGAGUCGCGAUGACAGCUAUUCAAGUACCAAUGACAGAAGGGAUGAAAGUUCAAGAACUUCUGAGAGCUACUCUCGUACUAAUGAAUCUUCUCAAGGAGGAUACCUGAAGACUAGUUCCCUGUCGGCAUCUGGAAACUACUCGUCAACUAAUGGUAUCACUACUGGAGUUGCAAACCUUUCAACCGGAAAUCGCCAAGACACUAGUAGUGGUAGCAGGAACCAAAGGGAAAGAGAUGAGAGCUCUUCUUACGUUGGAAGCGAAGAGAGAACUGGCCUGAACAGAAAUGACAGAGAAAAUAGAUAUUAA